AUGCUCAAUUUUAUCACUGACUAUUUGAGGGGAUACUUUUCAGCACAACCUCAUCUUAUUCAAACUACUCUGGACCAAGAUGCUCCAUAUAAAGGUUGGAAACUUUAUUUAUCUGAAGUAUAUGAUGACAACUCACCUUUUGUUCAGAAGACUGAAGCUUUUGAAACUUUUUUCAAAUCUCGAAUAGAGUUUUAUGAUAAGGAUGAAAUAGAAAGAAAAGGAAGUAUUCUUGUGGAUUAUAAGGAACUGAUAUCUGAUAAAGUAUUAGUGGAAUCGUUACCCGAUGUUACUGUUGAAUUAAGAGAUACGCCUCAAAAAAUAUUAGAUUGCAUGGGUCUGGCUAUACACCAGAUAUUGAUCAAAGACCUUGAAAAGCAUGCUGCAAAACUGCAAGAGCAAGAAGGGCUACCCAUUGAUGAAGAGCCUAUUAUAAAUGUGCCACAUAUUCAUGCAAG